AUGUAUGAGAUGACUCAACUUCGAAACGGCCAGCUGGUACAUGAUCAUUCCUCAUCAGAUUCUAUCGUUGCCAGCUUCUCCGCUAUGAGAGCAAGCCUGAGCGAGCCACAUGCCACUCAGAGAACCUUGGUCUCCACGUCGUUAAUGCCACUGCCGUACCCCCCUUCCGACCGCUUCAUCGACGAGCUGCGCCCUAUUUACAUCAAGCAGAUGCGUCUAGAAGAACACCACAGGGGCUUCAAGGUCAUUGUUCGAGUUUUGACGCCGCCUAUACGUUGGAACAACAUCAUCCUGGUAGUUGCUGAGGAUGUGAAGGGCACGGCUGUGACUCUCCGACUAUACCAUGACCCUUCGGUUGAUACUAUCUCUCCAGAGGGAGUCAUCAAGGUUGAGAGUGUGUUCCUCAUCAAGGAACCUUUCUUCAGGUGUGCACCGGACAAUUUUUAUUCAUUGAGGGUCGAUCACAUCAGUGAUAUCGUUUGGUUGGAGUCGUUUGGUAGCCACGUACCACACGUAUGGAGAACGGCAGUCCCUGACAUGAGCAGCGAGACAGUACGAAUGCAAGGCAACGAAGCCGUGAGAAAAGGAUUCUGGGCUGAAGCAUUGCGCUUGUACACGGAUGCCGGCCGAUAUGCUGUCACGCCUGAGGAAGCACAACUAGCAUUUGUCAAUCGCUCUCUUGUUAACCUGAAGCUCAACCGUCCGGAGCAAGCCCUUCUCGACGCAACCAAAAUGAAUGCGCAGAUCUCGCCCACGGAAAAGGCAGUCUUCCGUGAAAUAAAAGCACUCUACAAGCUCGGCUAUUUUGAGCGCUGUCUGGAGCGGCUCAAGUAUUUUACGGAGAAGUAUCCCACAAAUACUGAUGCACAGUUGGAGAUGAACCGCGUCAAUGCAAGACUCCGAGAGAAGAUUAACGGAGCCUUUCCAUUUGCAAGCAUGUACAAACAGGCCAGCCAGGGUUCGCCUCUUAUUGAUUGCGCCACAUUCUCAGAGCCCGUCGAGGUCAGAGAAUCUCCCGGGAGAGGGCGUGGCCUAUUUAUUGUCAAUGCUGUUAAAGCAGGUCAGCUUUUGCUCUGCGAAAAGGCGUUUGUGUACAAGCAGCUCGAUCUCAUUUCUGCUUCCCGCUCAAUUCUAAAGGCCCCCAGUGACGAGAAGUGCCCCUUUCCUGGAGGGCAGGUCGGGAUCGUCGCGCAACUUAAACAGGGCUUGUAUCACAAUCCAGAACACUCUCUCCCAUUCUUGCAGCUUCAUCGAGGAGACUACAAGGCGGUCAACCGCCAGCGCGCAGAUGGGAACCCUGUCGUUGAUUCGUUUCUCGUAUCCAAGAUCGCGUCUCUGAACUGUUUUACGCCGCCGAGGACGUCUCUCGGAGCAAUGUCGAAGGCAUGGAAGAAUAAGGAAAGCGCACACGAUGAGAAGGACGACGCCGACUUUAUCGGCAUCUGGAUCAAGGCAUCAUACGUGAACCACUCUUGUUUUGGAAAUUGCCAUCGUUCCUUCAUCGGCGACAUGCUGAUUCUGCGUGCGGCCGCUGACAUGGAGCCGGGAACGGAGCUCAUGUUUGACUACCGCCAGCCUGAGCAUAAAGUCAGCUACCGCCCGCCUCAGCCUAAAGAACUGGAAACGUACGAUGACGUCCAACAGAGCCUCAAGGACUGGGGUUUUACGUGCGAAUGUGUGCUCUGUCGCGCAAGACAUGCCACACCCGCAGCGCAGCUGAACAGGCGCAAGCUGCUUUUGAAGAGGCUGCGGGACAUUCUUCCUAUGCAAGGAGUCAUGCCGCUUGCAGAGGGUGAAAAACUUCUCAAGGAGAUUGAGGAUACCUACACUGCCUCGUAUUCCGCGGGAGUACCGCGCCCUGAGUUGUUGUCGCUCUGUGUCUCAAUGGCCUCCAAGUAUUGCCAGCAAGGUGAUCUAAGAAAGUCUGUGAGCUUGCUCCUCCAAGGGUUGUCGGCGUUUGGCUACGACAUCAAGGCUGUCUUGCCCACAAUUGACAGCGCGGGCUCCGUGUCACCAACCGCUCAGUUCGAGAUCAAGAGAUGGGGCAUGGCGGAUGGCAAAGUGGUUGAAGCGCUGGUCUACCUGAGCAUGGCCGCCACGGCAAUAGCGCCAAGUCUUUCCCGGCGCAUUCUAUGGUACGCACAGACGGCUUACAGCAUGGUAGUCGGAGAAAUGGAAACGUUCCGGCAAUCUUUCCCCAGGGCCUAA